UUCUUUUUGACAUCUGACACUCGUAUUUAUCCGGCUUCACAAAAUUUAGAAAAAAAUUCGCAAAAGUCGGUAUUUUGCAACAACCCUUCUAAUUUGUGUUUGAAUGAAUGUAUGUUGUUUAAGUGAUUUUGUUAGUACAGAAAAUGAAUUCACCGAUAGCUCCUGAAGAAGACGUGAUCCAAAACAUAAAUUAUACAGGAUCUGAAACCGAAUUUUCGGCAAAAGUAGUAGGGCAUGAAGUGACGGUCCAUUGUAGCUCUGGACAACACAACCAUGGGAGCUCAAAGGUGAAACUUAUCAAUCGGAUUGAUUAUAACUGGGAGUUUCACUACUAUCGGGGGCAACUGGUUGCAGUUCAUAUCAAUGGGAAGAUUGUUGCGUAUGGCAUGAAAGGAAAGGAUGGGGGGAUGGUCAGAGUUACAAACCAAGAAACAAGUGAAAGAGCGUUGAUUAAGAACUUGAAAAAUGAUGUGAAAGACAUCGCGUUCGCUUUUUCACGACAACAAAUUAUUUUGGGGUGUAUUGACGACGAGGGGAACGUUUUAGUAUAUGAAAUCAUCGACGAACCUAGUGCAAUAAAGUACAAAGUGCUUCUUCACAUCUUUCAUAGUGAUGUAGUUCCACAUACAAGCCCAAAUUUUCGAAUAAUUUGGUGUCCAUAUUUGUCAUGUUUUGAUGAAGAUGAUGAGUCACCAGAUGAUCCUGAGAAAAUGUUUGUAGUGCUGAAUGGACGCAAAGCUGAAAUUUGGAAUGUAGGCAUAAUUAAUUCUAAAUAUGGAUCAGGUCCAUUAGAGCCUAAUGAAAAUUAUGAAGGGUAUGUAGAAAUCACCCAUUCAGCUGAACUCGUGGAUGCCUCUUUUUCAUCUGAUGGAACAGCAAUAGCAAUAGCUUGUUUAGAUGGUUAUGUAAAAUUUUUCCAAAUUUAUAUGGUUGAUAGUGAGAAACAAAAGUGUUUACAUGAGUGGAGACCACAUGAUGGCAAACCAUUAUCAUCUAUAAUAUUUGUCGAUAAUUUACUGGAGUGCAGUUCACAGUGUUGGAAAUUCACCAUAACAGGCGCUAAUCACAAUUCAGAAUUGAAACUAUGGUCCUGUGAAACAUGGACUUGCUUACAAACCAUCCAAUUCAAACCAGACCCAUCAAGCAUCAUUCAAAGCGUUUAUUUAAAAAUGUGUAUAGAUUACAGUGGACAGUAUUUAUUAAUGUCAGACUUAAACAAUAAAGUUUUGUAUGUCCUCCAAUUAAAAAGAAACGACGAAGCUCAACAAAUUUCAGUAACCAUGAUAUCACAAUUUUUGUUACCGACUGCGUUCUUGAGCUUCCACAUAACCGAAGCGAGUUACCGAAAAUUGCGUUCAUCUGACAUGAGUGAGGAGUACGCUCAUGAUCAAGAUGAACCAGAUGACGACGAAGACGAUACAGUCGCUGCUGUUGUUGUCAAGCUGUUGGUCAUACAACAGAAGAAAUUUCAGGAAUGUAAUAUCGUAUUCCAACCGGACGCAAUGUUGUGCAACACCGAGAUUAUAUAUAACGAAGAAAAGAAUAAAAAGUUCGAGGAAAAAGUGGAAAAAGUACCGAAAUUGGACGAUCUUCAGUCGUCGGUGACUUUGUUGAUCCAACAACAACAGCAACAGCAGCAGCAGUUGAAUUUAAUGACUCCUGACGCUUUUACGACAAGCGAACAAAAUUCGCGACCUAAUAGUGUACGAAAUAGCAUAAACGGAGAUAUUAAUAAAUCGACUGAAGCUACAAAUGGUGAUACCGUUGAAAACUUAAUAGAUUUCCAAAGACCAGAAAAAGAUAAUUUUGCUAGUGGCGGUUCGAGUCCCAGUAGAGAAGUUCAAGAAAUUCUAUCUCUUAACAAUUCAACCUACAGCACACAAGACUAUUUUGAUAAUUUAACAAAAAUGCAAGAAGAGCAAGAAAUACCUCAGAAAGAGUAUAAUCAUAACGAAAAUUUAAUGUUUCAAGAGAAUCCAAACUCUGAGGUGGUGUGGCUUAAAUUACCUUUAGUUAAAGACAAUGAAAUCAACAAGGAAGAGAAUUUAAGGCAAGAGUUGCGUCUCGGCGGAGGGGAUGAAAUUACGAAUUUAAAUGACACCGAGUGGGACAAGACGCAGUUACAAGCAAUAAGUUUCAGACUGACUAGUAUAGAAAACACUCUCAACGAUCAAAAUAUAGCUAUACAAAAAAUUCACCAAGAAUUGAAAUCAUUAAAUCAGACUAAAGAAGGUCAUCUACAAGAAGAUUUUAGUAAAGAGUUGGAUCUAGCAAUGUCAAAACAGCAAUUACAAAUUGCAAAAAUGUUAGAGAAUUUAGUAAAUAUGCAGAAAAAUAAUGAAAGGGACCAGCAAGACCACGUGAUUGCGAGUGUGUCACAAAUUGUUGUCAAGAGUGUCUCUGACAAACUACAGAAUGUUGUGGCACACGAAAUGAAACACGUGGUCGUGCCUACUAUUAGAAAUUUAGUAGAAGCACUGAAACAUCAACUAGAUGUACAAAAUAGCCAGAAACUUAAUAGUGAUAUUGUAUUGCAGGAUAAAAUUUCCAAAAUGAUUAACAGCAAAGCUCUAGCUGAAUCUCUUAGUUUGUCCGUUGCCAAUGUGAUAACACCUAUUUUAGAAAAAUGUUAUCGAGAUAUGAUUACCUCUACUUUAGUUCCUUCCUGGGAAAAGGUCUGCGGGAAUAUGUUCCAUCAAAUCAAUGAAACAUUCACUCAGGGGACAAGAGAAUAUACUGCCUCUGUUGAAAACUAUAUGGAAAGACAAAGACGGGUUCAAGAGCGAGGCAAAGAUUUAAUUGUUCAAAUGCAAGUCGUAUCAGAAAAUUUACAGAUGAAUACAGACAAGUUAAUUGGAACUCUAACUUCAGAAAUGCAGAAACAAUUUUCUACGACAAUGAAACAUACCCAAGAAAAUUUGCUGCAGGGCGUGAAAGAUGUUAUUAGCGAACAAAUUAAAUUAGGUUUCAAAAGUCAUGCCUCAGCAUUGGAAGACAGCGUUAUGAAUGCAGUGAGGUCAAGGGCCGUUACACCAUCGCCCCAUGUAGAAACCCAAGUUACUUUGGCUCAUCUUGAUCACCUUAUAGCAAAAGAAAGCUUUGAUGAAGCAUUCCAGUUGGCACUGUCUGCAGAGAAUUUAAAUUUUGUCAUUUAUGUUUGUGAGAAGGUUGAUUCAAAUACCCUUUUCCAUGGAUCCUCUCCACCACAACAAAACUGUAUUUUAGCGUUAAUUCAGCAGUUGAGUAUGGAAUUGAGUAAGAACACGGAGACCAAGAUGAGUUACAUCAGAGCGGCCCUGGUAGCACUAAUUCCAGGAUAUCCCCACACUAGACAAUUUAUCCCAAAAGUUUUAAAAGAUCUUUUAAAACAGUUGCAACAAUUUAUAUCUACAAAUCCCAAUUCUAAGUUUAUCACCGACGCUAAACUGCUUAAACUAGCCGUUGAUAGUAUACUUCUCGACAAGUAAAAGGAAUUUGUUUUGUAUGUUAUACGUUUCUUUAAUUUUUAUUAAAAUUGAUGAAAUUUUAUUUUAUAUAGUAUUUUAAAUUUUGUGUCGACACAUGUAACAGCCCGUGUUAUUGUAUAAUUUCAAUAUAAAACCACACAAUUCUA